AUGUUCAUGAAUUGUCCACCAAGACUAGAUUAUGGCAUCCCUCCUAAACCCCAAAUCACCAUCAUAAAGUUCAAGCGGUCCCGAACAACCUAUGUGGUGCCGUUAGUUCUUGACAAGAAGAACCUUCUGAGAGAGUACUUCCUAGAAUCGUUGGUUGAAGCCAUCAAUUCCUCCGGUGGUCUACGCCUAGUGGAUAUCGAUGGGGGAGAAGAUGUGCCAUUGGAUGAGGAUGAUGGCUUACAGGUUACCUCGCCAGAUUUGGAGCUUGCAUUCCCAAAGUCGAAGGAGUCGCCGUAUGACAACGAAUGGAUCCCAAUCGAAGACGACCUGAGCUUGAAAACAGUGGUUUUAAACGACUACGACAUUCUUGCAUUCAAGUUUGCAGACGAUGAGCACUUCCGGGUGGAGCAGCUGGAGUAUGUGGACGAAGAGUGA